AUGUUUACAAUCUAUCUACCUAUCUAUCACAGUCUCUUGAUCCAUCUAUUUCAGUCGUUUUAUCUAUCUAUCUAUCUAUCUAUCUAUCUAUCUAUCUAUCUAUCUAUCUAUCUAUGUGCGGGAAGGCGUUCGUUUUAUGUAUUUACUAGUUACUUAGUUGAAACUAGUAUCUAUCUCUCUGUCUAUCUCAGAUUAUUCAUAUCUAUCUAUCUAUCUAUCUAUCUAUCUAUUCGAGAUGUUAUAUCGCCGACUCAAAAGAAAAUUGUCAUUGGAUCUACAAUCGAACGUCUCGCAUCUCUUCCGAAAGCUAACAGAAUGGACCCUUUGCUCACUCCUCCACCAAUCUCAGAGAAGGACGCACAAAAAGGGCUUCUCAGUUUAUUACAACGCGGUCUGAUCCCACCUACGGCUGAUAUUACCCUUGAGCCACCACCAAUUGAACUGAAACCGAUUAAUCACACAGAAGGAAGCCAGAAACCGAAGAAAAAAGUAAUUCCAUCAAUAGUUGAUUUUGGUGGCAAUUUAAUUCCCGUGAAGAAUGAUACGCCAACAAACGAAGAAAGCGAGAGUCCGAAGAGGUCGAUCGUUUCCACCCGUGGCACUCGCCAGGAGUAUUUGUCCACUACAAAUGUGGGACCCAUAAAGGUUAAGAAAAUAAUCGAAAGCUUAAACCAACCAGUGUCCAUUCCUUCCUCUCCUUCCUCAAAGCAAGUCUUGACCGACAGACCCGUUUCGGAUAUUUUACCUUUUCCUCCGCCAACGACUCCGUCAUCGCCGUUGAACGAAAUGAUGUACAAACUGGCGAUCCAAGACGGGAAAACGCGGACGGAUACAAAUGAAUACACAGCGUUCAAGCGGAGCUACCAGAACGAAUGGGGAAGGUAG